GCCGACUUUGAAGAAUAUUGAACUUUUAUCUUGGUUUUGAGCUUUAGGCUUAAACUUUUCUUUGUAUCAAUCAAGUUUUCCCCUUGAUUAUGGUCGAGAUUCUACCUUUUAUAUUGAUUGAGCCUUCUCUCGUUUUGUGUUGAGAUUGUACUUUCAAUUCCAUCCUAUCCCCAAACAAACAAAAACCCUAAAUAUCCAAUUCCUAGUUCGUUCUUGAGGCUGUGCGACUUUGAUAACUACGGGUACAGGGUCCGUGCUAGUAUCAGGUGGUAUCAGAUCCCCAUUCAACAUAGUGGCGGGAUCAAAAGCGAGAGGACCUGUUGCUUGUAGAACGAGGUCCAAAUAUUCGAUUUCAGAACGCAGAUAAGAGGAAGCAACGCUCUCUGAAGAAGAAAGCUCAAUCGAAGAACAAGCCAUGGGAGAGCAGAGUUAGGAUAUUGCAGAAGCCAUGAAGCUGCUUACCACGCAGAUGGGAGCUUUGCUUUAGGCCCAACAAGACGCUACCAAAGGCCAGCUGGUUGAGGGUAAUCGGCGGCUGGAUACCCUAAUCACCAAGUUGGGAGAGCAACCACGGGGUAAUUUACCUUCACCAGAGAACCCAGCAGAUAUUGCAGCUUAGACUGGAGUCGCGAAAUGAGAGGAUCAUUGAGCAGAUCUUGUUUUCCAGGCUUUCCUAGGACCCCAUAUUGGCAUAUGCAGAGGCGCCAAUAUACAGAGCAACGUUGUCAGGUAAUCUCACGGUACAGACCUCCAUUUAAUGAGUAUGAUAAUGAUUAUAAUGAGUAUGGAGGAAGACCACCAGAAGCAGGGGGUUACGACGUUGAAUAGAUUCGAGGGAUUAAGCUCUCAAUCUCGUCAUUUCAAGGAACUAAUAGUGCAUCAGCUUACCUCGACUGGGAGAGGAAGAUGAUUAUGUUUUUCCACUGCAAUCCUUACCUAGAGCAUCAAAAAGUUAUUGUAGCCACCUAUGAGUUUACAAAUUAUGCAGCAGUUUGGUGGGAAAAGAUUCAGCAGUAGCGAAGAAGGAAUUUGCAGCCUGAUGUUUCUACUUGGGCAGAACUCUGAGGCUUGAUGCGUGAUCGUUUUGUGCCUCCAUUAUAUAAAAGAGACCUUCAUAUGCUUUGCAUGGAAUUUGACAAGGAGCACACUCUGUUGAUGAGUACUUCAAGGAACGGGAACUUCUCAUGAUGAGAGCAUAUGUGCGAGAAGACAAGGAAGCAACGAUUGCUUCCUUUCUACAUGGGCUUAACAGAUAAAUCAAGAAUGAAGUGGAGCUUCAUUAGUUUGUGGAGUUGGAGGAAGCAAUGAAUUUGGCCAUGAAGGUAGAGAGGCAGCUAAAGGGGAGCUAAGGAAGAAGGUAUCCACCUUCACUCAAACCCAUUGUAGAGAGCACUCUUGAGGCUAAUAUGAAUUAUCCUAAGCAAGAAGGAGCCAAGCCAGGAACACAACACCAGUCAUUCAAACCAGGAAUGAAGGAUCAACUAGAAGCAUCCAAUGCUUCAAGUGCUUUGGCCGAGGUUACAAGGCUAACCAGGGCCCCAACAAGAAGACUCUUGUCUUGCGAGAUAGAGAGUAUUUAUUCGAGGAGUAUGAAGAGAAGCCCAUGGGGAAUGGAUUCCGUUCUCAUGCUAAUUAUGAAGAUGAUGAUGUGGAUGAGCACAUCAAGGUUGAGAAAUCUCCAGCAUGUAAACUUCUCGAAGUGAACCGCCGAGCUUUAUCCAUUGAAGCUUACACAGAGACGAAGCAGAGGGAUAAUCUCUUCCACUCUCGUUGCAUGGUCGACAUGAAGGUGUUUGUCAUCGAUGGUGGUAGCUGCACUAAUGUGAUUAGUAUGGAUGCAGUCAAGAAGCUGGGAUUGAGCACCAUCAAGCAUCCUCAACCAUACACUAUGCAUUGGCUGAACGACUAUGGGAAUAUCAAAGUCAACAAGAAGGCAAAGGUUUGUUUUCAUAUAAGUGAUUAUGCAAUGAGAUUUGGUGUGACGUUGCUCCAAUGUAGGCUGCUCAUCUUCUAUUGGGUCGCCCGUGGCAAUACGAUCGGGAAGUCAUUCAUGAUGGAUGGCACAACAUAUACCGGUUCAAGAAAGGAGAUUAGAAGUUUCUGCUGAAUCCAUUGUCACUAGCUGAAGCCCGGGAAGAUCAUCAACAACUGGCAAUGAACUGGGCCAGGGAGAAUGGAAGUGCAAGUCGCUCGAAGGUGGAACUCAUCUUAUCGCUCAAAGGCACAUGUUGACGACGCUAACGAGGAUUCUGUUUAGAAAUUUUGUUGAUGUGGUGUCUUGCAGGAAGGUACCAGCAUUGAGGACAAAACUUUUUAACAGGGAGGGCCUGAUAUGAUUCCCUAGAGCAAGAAGCUCAAAACCCACGGCCAGGGCAUCAAAAUUCACGACCGUGGAAUUGAGGUUGGGACCGUGGAACUGGAGCAGGGGAAAUCCACGGUAAGAAGCCCAAAAUCCACGACUGUGGACUUCAAGGAGGGACGGUGGAAUUUGGCCAGGAAUUUUGUUUCCUUUCGGGUUUUUGGUUAUUUUAUUUGCCCUAGACUAUAUGAAGGGCUAGGAACACGAAUUUAGGCAGACUUUGAAGAAUAUUGAACUUUUAUCUUGGUUUUGAGCUUUAGGCUUAAGCUUUUCUCUAUAUCAAUCAAGUUUUCCCAUUGAUUGUGGUCGAGAUUCUACCUUCUAUAUUGAUUGAGUCUUUCUCCCGAUUUGUGUUGAGAUUGCACUUUCAAUUCCAUCCUAUCUCCAAACAAACAAAACCCCUAAAUAUCUAGUUCCUAGUCCGUUCUUGAGGCUGUGCGACUUUGAUAACUACGGGUACAAGAUCCGUGCUCGUAUCAGAACCCGAGUCACCAAGCAAUCAAGUUACAAGGAGAUGUGGCAUGCCAUGAUUGGCUUAAUUACAACUUCUUGUUGUUUGUUUUUAAUCGUUUUAACUGCCAAGUCUACUGAAACCUAGCUGUAGCGGUCUUGGCUUUUCUGAUAUUCGGAGAAUACAAACAGAAUGAGGAGAAAGACAACUUUACCUUUCUUUCUGCAAUUUUCAGAUUUUGCAAUUUCAAUAUACAUUCAUCUUUUGAAGAACCCUGCUAACCUAUCUGUAAUUGACCUCCUUGUGAAACAAAAUCAUGCAUAAUGGAUGAACCAUAUAAUGUAUGCAUUCCAUUAUAGCAAAGAACAAGAUUGGUUUGGUUUUGUAGAUGAAACCACAACAAAAAGUAUGUGAUGAAUUCUAACACAAACGAGUUAUUAUAACUAACUCUUUACUGAUAAGCACAGUGCACACACACAACCUAGCAUCUCAUUAAAGUAAUCCCAUAGAAAGAAAAAAGAAGAUAAACAUAGACACUGCCACCAAUGGUUAACCCCUAUAGUAAGCUUUUUUUCAACCUUUUUUUACUAAAAGAUAUUGAAUUAUUGAUUAUCAUCAUUAUUAUUAUUAUUAUUAUUAUUAUUAUUAUCUAAUUAUAGGAAAAGUAAAGUUACAGCAACCAAAAUACAUCGGAUUAACCGGGGUCAACAAAUAAAUACCAAACUUAAAAAACUAAAUUGCAGUUAAUACCAUCAAUCAAUUAGGAUAAAAAGCUGGAAAAACCCUAAACGACAUCGCCUUGAGGCAUUGGCGUGGCGUACGAAGCAAUCCACCACACGGUGUCGUUUAGAUUGCUUGACCCCCAAAAAAAAUAUCCGAACGGA